CGGUAGGUGAAGUUGCACCCUCUCCUCACACACAGAUUCACAGAUCUGAUAGAUUACUGAAAGCCAAAUAGGACUAGAGGACAAUGGCAGAAGGGAAUUUAUGAAUUAAGGGCAUUUUAUGCACUGGGGAAAGUGAAGUCGACAAAGAGAGAGAACUGUUCGUUCUACACCUUUGAGCACGCAUAGACUACAAUUGAAAUGGUAAAAAGUAGGGGAACAAGCAUAGAGGCAUUGCCACUCCUGUAAAAGUAUUACAUUCAAAUAUAUUUUGCACGAGAACGCAUCGAUUGAGCGUACGGGACGUGUACGGUACCAUCCUAACAACGCGCUGCUUUCCUCAAAAGUACCAAACAGAAGAGAAACAAACAGAAGGCGACAGCAUAUCAUCUAAUCCUCUUACAGAAGAGAAUACUGUAACCUUAAGCUUGAUUUAAACGACGAACCUAGUUCCAACUGCUGGCUUCAUAAUGCUGAGAACACGUUCGCAAAGGAUGCACCUAUGACAGAAUAUGAAAAUGACAAUACCUUACCGGAGCAAUUUGCCAUGGAGAGUUUAAUCCCAUCCUUUGACUGACAUGAAACUCAACAAUAUCUAAUCGAGAGAGCAUCUAAGUGGACAGCGGAAUAUUCUCAAUGGUCAAUUCAUGGACAUUCGACUUUGCUGUGGAUUGCCUUGAGUGCACAAGGUGAUCUGCGCCGGAUUUGCAUGUCAUCAGUUUCUAAUAAAAUAGGCUCCCUUAGCUAUACUUCACUGUUACGUUUGAAUUGAUUUGUUUAUAACAUACGAUUAUAUAUAUGAAAAAGGGAGUUCAUGUGACUUAUUUGGUCAGAUAGCCUAUACAUUUGCAUAGACAUCCUGCCGAGUUGUUGGGUUGUAGCCUCUCCUGCAAACGGCAGGUGUACCAACAUGGAAACCAGCCAGAUUCCAAGCUGAUCCUCUCCCUAUGUGGACGGACGGUGGCAUCGCUUGCCUCCCUCUGGACUCUCGGUCUUGGACCAUGGGUGUGGUCUCUACGAGUGCCAUGCUCUCACACGUGCUUUUUCUCCUGCACUUUGUGACAUUGACACUUUGCCAGUAUGACAACUGCAAGUCUCUGGUUAGUUCAGAUGAUGGACCAACAUGGGAGUUUUAUGCUUGCCAGCCCAAACCCAUGGCUAUGAAGCUGUUCAUGCAAAUUAGGGUGGAUCCCCCUGGCAUCACUUGCGGCAAUCCACCGGAGAGGUUCUGUACUCUGGAGAACCCGUACAUGUGCAGUGACGAGUGUGACGCCUCCAACCCAGACCUGGCCCACCCGCCCCAGCUGAUGCAGGACCGCGAGCGCGGCGGCCCGAUCACCUACUGGCAGACGGUGACAUGGAGCCGCUUCCCGGAGCCCCUGCUGGCCAACAUCUCCCUGGCCUGGAACAAGAGCCUGGAGCUGACUGACGACAUCCAGGUGACUUUUGAGUACGGCCGGCCCACCAUCAUGGUGCUGGAGAAGUCCCUGGACAAGGGGCGCACGUGGCAGCCUUACCAGUUCUACGCCGACGACUGCAUGGACGCGUUCGGCAUGCCGGCCAAGCGGGUGCGCGACCUCUCGGCCGCCAACGUGACGCGGGUCAUCUGCACGGAGCAGUACUCCCGCUGGGUGGGCUCCAAGAACGACAAGGUGGUGCGCUUCGAGGUGACACAGCGCUUCACCGUCUUCGCCGGGCCCAACCUCCGGAACAUGGACGGCCUCUACACGCGCAUGGAGAGCAUGAAGGGCCUGAGGGACUUCUUCACCUUCACCAACCUCAGACUGAGGCUGCUCAGGCCGGCCCUGGGGGGGACCUACGUCCAGAGGGAGAACCUCCUCAAAUACUUCUAUGCCAUCUCCAACAUAGAGGUACCGGCCAGGUGUAAGUGCAACCUCCAUGCUGACCAGUGCACCCUCCAGGAAGGCAGUUUGCAGUGUGACUGUGAGCACAAUACGACGGGCCCGGACUGUAGCCGCUGCCAGAGGGGCUUCAAGGCCAAGUCAUGGAAACCUGGGUCCUACCUGCCCUCCCCAAACGGGUCCCCGAACACUUGUGAGGCUGCUGGGACGCUUGGCAUACCCACAACAGUCCAGCCCCUGCCAACAGUCACACCUGUGCUGGCCACCACAACCAAUCCACCCACAGCCCAACUGCCCACAGUUACCGUGGCUACGGCAGACCGCACCACCUUAAGUGACAAAGUGACAGCUGGGGUGGCUCCUACACUCACCACACAGCUCAAAGAUCCCUUCACUGGCACAGUGCUGCUUAUGGCACCAGACCAAACCUCUGCCCCAGCCACUAUACCAGCCACUGCGCCAGGGAGUAUGCCAGCCACUGUGUCAGUAUUUGCCAAUCUCGACCAGACAGACAGUCCAUCUUUAACCACAGUGACCUCGCCCCCCCCGGAGGUAUCGCCCCCGACAACCGCAGUGAGAGUGCAGCCAAAAGUUACUCAAUCCUCUGAAGCAGCUGACGCCACAUCUGACUCAGUCACACCUUCAUUUGAUGCAACCACUCCAACAUCAGAUGGAUUUACUCAAACACCAGACAGCACGUCUUACACAGUGACUUCUGACACCAGUACCACGACUUAUUAUGACCCAAUGACAACGCUGUCUGACACCAGUACCACGACAUAUUACGACCCAAUGACAACACUGUCUGACACCAGUACCACGACAUAUUAUGACCCAAUGACAACGCUGUCUGACACCAGUACCACGACAUAUUAUGACCCAAUGACAACGCUGUCUGACACCAGUACCACGACAUAUUAUGACCCAAUGACAACGCUAUCUGACACCAGUACCACGACAUAUUAUGACCCAAUGACAACGCUGUCUGACACCAGUACCACGACAUAUUAUGACCCAAUGACAACGCUGUCUGACACCAGUACCACGACAUAUUAUGACCCAAUGACAACGCUGUCUGACACCAGUACCACGACAUAUUAUGACCCAAUGACAACACUGUCUGACACCAGUACCACGACUUAUUAUGACCCAAUGACAACACUGUCUGACACCAGUACCACGACAUAUUAUGACCCAAUGACAACGCUAUCUGACACCAGUACCACAACAUAUUAUGACCCAAUGACAACGCUAUCUGACACCAGUACCACAACAUAUUAUGACCCAAUGACAACGCUGUCUGACACCAGUACCACGACAUAUUAUGACCCAAUGACAACGCUGUCUGACACCAGUACCACGACAUAUUAUAACCCAAUGACAACGCUAUCUGACACCAGUACAACAAUCUCGGCAACUAGCAUUGCAACAUUUUAUACAAGUCCAACAACACCUGACAAAAGUGCCACGUUUGACACAAGUACCACAGCAUUUGAUACAAGUACAUUAACAUUUGACUCAACUACCACAGCAUUUGACACAAAUACAUUCAUAUUUGACUCAACUACCACUGCAUCAGACAAAAUUACCACAGCCUUUUACAAGAGUACUUCAUUUGACACAGGUCCUACAAGAAUGGACACAAUUACUAUAUUUGAAACAACUACUACAACAUUUGAUACAGUGACUCCAACAUCUGACAUAUUUACCACAACUUCUGACACUUUUACUUCAGCAUCUGAUGUAUUCACUUCAACAUCUGGUGUGCCCUUUCUGGCAUCGGACACAGUUGCUCCUGCUUCUGAUGUAGUAACACUACUAAUAGAUGGAUUUACUUCAGCCCCUGAUGAUGGUACCUCAGCAUCUGCUACAUUUGUUCCAGCAUCUGAGGGAGAUACUCUAGCCUUGGAUGUGGCUACUUCAGCAUCUGAUGGACUUACUUCACCACGUGAAGAAGCCACCUCUACACUUGGAACAGUUUCUCCACCUCCUGACACAGUUAAUUCAGCAGCUGCCCCAACCUCUGACACAGAUACAUCAACAUUUGAUGCUCCUUUCCAGGCUCCAGAAGUAGUUUCUACAAUUCCUGACACAUCUUCAUCAGCUCCUGAAGCUGCUACCUCAUCUUCUGACACUGGUGACCCAGCUUCUGAUGCAGUUGAACCAGCUACUGAUGCAGUUGAACCAGCUACUGAUGCAGUUGAAACAGUAACUAAUUCAGUUGAACCAAUUCCUGCUGCAGUUGAACCAGCUCCUACUUCAAUUGAACCAGCUCCUGCUGCAGUUGAACCAGCUCCUACUUCAGUUGAACCAGCUCCUACUUCAAUUGAACCAGCUCCUGCUGCAGUUGAACCAGCUCCUACUUCAGUUGAACCAGCUCCUGCUGCAGUUGAACCAACUCCUGCUGCAGUUGAACCAGCUCCUGCUUCAGUUGAACAAGCUCCUACUUCAGUUGAACCAGCUCCUGCUUUAGUUGAACCAGCUCCUGCUUCAGUUGAACCAGCUCCUACUUCAGUUGAACCAGCUCCUACUUCAGUUGAACAAGCUCCUACUUCAUUUGAACCAGCUCCUAAUGUAGUCGAUAUAGAUCCUGAUGCAUUUGAUCCAGCUCCUGAAUUAGUGUAUCCAGAUCCUGAUAAAGUUGAUCCAGCCCCUGAUUUAGAUGAUCCAACUCCAGAUUCAGAACCAAAACCAGAUUCAGUUGAUCCAGCUGCUGAUGCAUUUGAUCCAGUUACAUUUGACACACUUACAGUUUCUGAACCAAAUCAGGAUUCAGUUGACCCACCUCCUGAUUCAAUUGAUCCAGUCCCAGAUUCAGUUAAUCUAGAUUCAGUUGACCCAAUUAUUGAUUCAUUUGACCCAGCUUCUGAUUCAAUUGAUCCUGCUCCUGAUUCAUUUGAUCCUGCUCCCGAUUCCUUUAAUCCAGCUUCUGAUUCAGUUGAUCCAUCUUAUGACUCAGUUGGUCCAGCUUCUGAUUCCAUUGAGACAGCUCCAGAUGCAGUUAAUCCAGCUACUGAUGCUUCCGCUCUAAUGCCUGAUGCUUUGGGUGGUGCAAAAGUGGAAAAUAAAGAAGAAAAUGUUAAACAGGAAAAAGUUACCACCAAAACUGAAGGCAAAGGGGAAAGCAAAGAGGAGGAGAAAAAAAAUGAUUUUGAAACGAAAGACUAUGAGAAAAAAGCUGUCGUAAAACUGUUGAUUCCUGGUGGGCCCAAAAACAGACAGUCCAAAGUUGCAUUCGUCCAGUUUCAAGACUGCGAAUGCUAUGGCCACUCGAACCGCUGCAGUUAUAUUGACUUCAUCAACAUCGUGACGUGUGUCAGCUGCAAACAUAACACUAGAGGUCAGAAUUGUCAGUACUGUCGACUGGGAUACUUCCGGAAUAUCUCUGCGGAGCUGGACGAUGAGAACGUUUGUAUAGAGUGCAACUGUAACCAGCUGGGGUCGCUCCACGCCCGCUGCAACGAGACAGGCUUUUGCCAGUGUAAGGACGGCUCCACUGGGCCAAAGUGCGAGGACUGUCAGCCAGGAUACACAGCAACGAGACAAGGCUGUUACCCCAACGUCUGUGACGACGAGCUGCUGCUGUGCCAGAACGGAGGCACCUGCAUCCAGAAUCAGAGGUGUGUGUGCCUGCCGGAGUACAGUGGCGUGCUGUGUCAGCAGUUGCUCUGCGAGGGCGAGAAGGGCUGCAACGGGGCCUCCGUCUCCUACCUCAGCCUGGCCGCCACGCUCAGCUGUCUUCUAGCCAGCAACCUGCUUAGAGUGGUCAACGCUUGGUGAGCCACACCUUGGACAUCUGUAGCACACCUGGCCGCGUUAUUCGGGCACCACGCGCUAACCUCAGUCUUCUAGUGCUGUUGCAUUCUGGGACAAAGUGUGCGGAUGCCCCGGCUUCCCGUCGCCUUUGCCACGAUGAGAUAAAGACAGAGCUCUGACUCCGACUCUAUAAAAGCCAGUGCUGAAAGAACUUAUACCAAAAAAAUUUAAUCACUAAGAAAAGUUCAAAGUGAAGCGUAUUCUUUACGAAAAUGAUUUUAUUUGUGGUCAUUGUCGUACAUCUAUGUUUGUUUGUUCUCACCGAAACACUGCACUUGUUUUUUUAACGUAGAUGGCUGUCAUUGCUGCGGCCAAUUAAUGCCAAGUUUCGCUUACUCUCAAAUGUGCAAUUACUUACGUUGCUGCAUAGCCUAUUUGUUUCCUGGCAACCAUCAUGAACUGAAAUUGACUGAAGAAAUUCAAGUUAAAAAAAUUGAAACGUGAUGUUUCAGUAGCCUGGUGAAGAAUCAGUUGUUGCAUGGAAAUUCUGAAGCAAAGGGAGAAAGAGUAUGCCUAUCCAAAUUGAACAAAUUAAUGUAUGUUUCAAAUGAAAUAUAUGACUAUUGUAUAUUAACAAUGUUUGAAUAUUUUUUUGUAGAAAUUGUUAUUUUCAUGUUCUAAGUAAACAUUAUAAUUGUAAAGAAUAUGACCGAUGAUGAGCUUUUUAUUAUUGUAAACCCACCUGCCAGUAUGAUUGACAGAUUCUCCUGAUGCUUACCAAGACACACAGUUGAAGGAAUAAAGUGUGGAGGUCUGACACA